AUACCUCACAAUCUUUUACAGAAGCUUCUAUAUCAUGAUUUAGAUCAGGUCAUCUCCCUGCAAAUAUGCCACAUUGUUAAGGAAUCCCUUCCAAAACUGCAAGUCAACCUUUUUGCUCUGAAAUCUGAAACAUUACAAAUGUUUCUCCAUCUUGCUAAUAUUUUGAUCUAAAUUUAUAUUUCCAAUUGUCAUGUUACUUUUAGGAAGACAGUAUUUUUCUUUUGGCGCCUUAUAACCGUUUCUUCAGCAGACAGCUCAAAGGAAUUAUACAGUGCCCACCACAUUAAGAAAAACAGCAAUUUCCUGUAUAUCUGGUUUUUCAUCUGACUGCAUAACCAGCAAUAAAAUCUGAAACUCUUGUUUAAAUAUCUUCCAUUCCUGUGCUGCCUCAAGUGUGAGCACUAAAGGACAUGGAGCUCCCAAUAUUCCAUCAUACCUUCACAUAAUAUAUUUCACUCAAUAUACCACGUAUUGUCUUCUAUAUGAAGGUUUAAAAUCAAUGUAGUAGUUGGAACAAAUCUUAAUAAGCAAGCACAACAUCAUUCACCAACCUUAUCUAACUUAUAAAGCUAACUAACAGACUUGAGAAUCUAUUUACUUAGAACAUACAAUGACAUUUCAUCACAAUGAGAGGGGAGAAUGCCAUCCAAAUUUGAAAUGACUGGCCGGAGAUAAAAUGGCACCCAAGUCAUAGUCAGGGUCUGUCAGAUGGCUCUUCAGAACAAGUCAAUCUGUGUGUGAAGAGAAGAAGAAGAGCUGGAAGCAGAAAUGUUGUAUGAUACAAAAAGUUGUAUCAUUUUUGUUGUGGUUCCUUCAUGGAGGCCACAGUGGCUGUGAACAGUUUAUGCCAGCAACAGUCCUCUCAAUAAUUUGUGAAUGUUUGGGGACAUCACAGUGUCUCAACAAAUAUAUUGAUGGAGAGUGGGGGGGGGCUUGAGAAUGAGAGGUGACAGCCUUUUUAUAUAUCAGUUAAGGGUUAAGAAUACAAUCAUAAAAUAGAAGCUCUUACAUGAGAUGGUACGUGAGUUGGUACGUGGUAAUGUUUUGGGAGCUACAUUGCAGUUCAAACACAAGGUGGUGCUCUUACACAACAUACCGUAGAUUAUUUAGUAGUGAGUAACUGCUCUCCCGGAGCCAUAAAUGCAAAGGAAGCAUACAAAGAGAAAGGAAACAGAUCUUCAUUUCAGGCAAAUCUUUCAAAAGGCCACAGUCCAUUAAAAACAUAGCAAAAGAAAUGAAUAAUUGUAUUGGGGAUAUAUAACAGACACAUAACAGACAACGUCGAAAGAACCACCUUGCAUCAUAUAUCUGACUGGAAGUGAGGCUGGGAGAAUGGAAAUGCACCUCAAGAUCAGGCAAGUUUGGUCUUUUUCCCUGUAUCUCUGUGCAUGCAUAGCAAUGUGUGAGUCUUUCCGCUAUUCAGUGGCAGAGGAAAAGAAAAGUGGAUUUCUGGUGGCAAAUGUGCUAAAAGAUUUGAGAGUGGAUGCAAAGGAGCUGUCUGCUCGGAGAGCCCACCUAGUCUCUAAGAGCUCCAAGCAGUAUUUUCAGCUGGAUCCUCAUUCUGGAGAUGUGACAGUAAAGGAUAAAAUUGAUCGGGAGUCCCUGUGUGGACAGAAUGAACCUUGUGUUCUACUCUCUGAAAUAGUGCUGGAAAAUCCAUUGCAGCUACACAGAAUUGAAGUUGAAAUAGAAGAUGUGAAUGAUAAUUUCCCCAAAUUCUUUAAAAACCAGUUUAUUUUUAAAAUACCUGAGCAGACUCCUGUGGAUAUCAAAUUUCCUUUGGAGAGAGCAGAAGACCCAGACAAAGGAAAAAAUACAGUUCAGAACUACACCCUUAGUCCUAAUGAGCAUUUUAGACUUGAUGUGCAAAGUCACAGUGAUGGUAGCAAACAUGCGGAAUUGGUAUUGGAGAAACCGUUGGACCGUGAGGAGAAUCCACAGAUUGCCCUGAUUCUGUCAGCUGUUGAUGGAGGAAUCCCCCCCAAAACUGGCACAGCACAAAUUAUUAUUGAUGUUCUGGAUACUAAUGAUAAUUUCCCUCAAUUUGAACAAUCUGUGUACAAAGUAAAACUAAUGGAAAACAGCCCACUGAAUACACUGGUUGUAAAAGUUGAAGCAAGCGACAAAGAUUUUGGUUCCUAUGCAACUAUUACUUAUUCCUUCAGCCAGGUGGGGCAAACGGCAUUAAGAUCAUUCACUUUAAACACACUUAAUGGAGAACUUAGUGUUUCAGGGACAAUUGAUUAUGAAGAAAACACAAAUUAUGAGAUGAACAUCAGAGCUACGGAUGGAGGGGGACUUUCCUCUUACUGCAAAGUCAUUGUGGACAUUGAGGAUGAGAAUGAUAAUGCUCCAGAGAUUACCAUAACAUCCAUCAAGAGUCUCUUACCUGAGGACUCUCCCCCAGAUACAGUGGUGGCCCUUUUCAGUGUCACAGACGUGGACUCUGGAGACAGUGGCAGAACUGCCUGCACCACUGAAGUCAACCUGCCAUUUGUGCUCAAACCCACGGAGAACAACUAUUACCAGCUGGUGACCCAACAACCACUGGACAGAGAACAAGCCUCUGAGUAUAACAUCACCAUCACAGCCACAGACAGGGGCUCUCCCAGACUCACUUCCACAAGAAUACUUCAUGUUGAAGUGUCAGAUGUCAAUGACAACCCUCCAGUGUUUGAAAAGCCAUUCUAUGAAAUGCAGUUAAGAGAAAACAAUAUUCCUGGUCUUCUGAUUGGUUUUGUCCAUGCUGUUGAUCUGGACACAGCGCAGAAUGCCAAAGUGACCUACUCGCUUUUGCCUGGGAAGGUCAAUGAUGGCCCCACAUCCUCUUACAUCUCCAUCAACUCUGAAACGGGGAACCUGUAUGCCAUCCGGUCUCUGGAUUAUGAGGAAGUACAAGAUUUCCAGGUGACGGUGAGGGCUGUGGAUUCAGGUUCCCCACCACUGAGCUCCGAAGUCCCCAUCCGCGUUCAGGUCGUGGAUGAAAAUGACAAUGCCCCCUUCAUCCUCUACCCUCUCCAGAAUGGCACUUCCCCCUCGAAUGACCUGGUUCCCCGAGGGGCAGAGACUGGCUACCUGGUCACCAAGGUGGUGGCUGUGGACAGGGAUUCUGCGCAGAACUCUUGGCUUUCCUACCAGCUGCUGAAGGCCACAGAGCCGGGUCUGUUCACGGUGGGGGCCCAGAAUGGAGAAGUGACCACCCUGAGGCCGGUCAGCAACCGAGACAGCUUCAAGCAGAAUCUGAUGGUGGUGGUCCGAGACAAUGGCCAUCCUCCCCAGUCCACCUCUGCCACGCUCAGAAUCCUUCUAGUGGACGGCUUCUCUGACCCUUAUCUGAAAAGUGUGGCUCUCCCAAAGGAGGAAACCGUGGAAGAGGAAGACCCCAGCCUGACGAUGUAUCUGAUCAUCUGCUUGGCUGCCAUCUCAAGCAUCUUUCUCAUUUCCGUAGUGGCGUUUGUUGUAAUCAAGUUGCAGAAACGUGAAAAGUUCACAGGAACCUACAACUCUGGAGCCAAUUUCCCGGUGGGACCAGAUUCCCAGGAGAACUGUGCGGAUCCUGGUGCUGGAUCUCUAUCCCAGGCUUACAACUAUGAGGUGUGCUUAGCUGGUGGGUCUCUGAACAGCGAGUUCCGGUUUCUCAGGCCCCUGUUUCCUGUUUUCUCCGUGGAGCCUCCUAACACUCAGGUGAAUCCAAGGAGUUCCAAUGAUUCUCAAGAGCUCCCCAGUCAAGUAGAGGAAUGUAAAGAUAAUAUCCAGGCCAGAGCAUCACUCUCUGAAGACGCUGCUCCCAGAUCUGGAGCCCCGGGUUGCAUUGUUAAUCAGGCAACUGGGGCAAAUAUAAACUGUAGUCAAAAUGACUGGCUUACCUAUCAAUAGAUGAGGACGACCAACUCCAUCCAUCUUUCUUUCUCUGAAGACAAAUAACCAAAUGAUCAAGUCUCAUGCAAGAAACUUGACCCCUGGCCUAAAAAAAUAUGGGUCCUCUGCCUAAAGGAGAAAGAUACCAGGAAACUCUCUUGUGCAAGCAAAUAGAAAAGAACAGAAAUGCUCUUGUGCUGUUCUCAUUCAUUUUGAUGGAGCUUAUGUAGGAGAAUGUGUAGCUGGAUUGUCCACAUACAUUGACCUAGUAGACAAUUAUAUUUAUGCUUUGUAGGAUUUUACAAUAGCCCACUGCUCUUUUGAUCUAGCUGGUUAAAGAAAUGUAGAUGACUUUAUUGCAUGCUCAUUGUUGUAAUUAUUCCUUAGUUUAUUUCUAUGCUAGCUUUGCUGCUUUCCUUCAAAUAUUUUCAAUGGUUAUAGCAAUUUCUCAGAAAUUCUGUUUUCUGGUUGUAAUGCAGCUGUUAGUAGUAUCCAGUAGCUUCAUUUGAAGACCUAGCGAGACAAAUGAAUGAGUAUAAUCAGUAAGGGGGAGAAGUCUGGACAUAGUCCACUGGGACAUUGAAAGGAAUGGGAGCUUUGUAAGAGAAUAUUUCUCCCAUUUAUUUCAGCGAAGCUUGCACAUAGGACUUCCAUUUCUCAGAGAAUUUACACUUUAUUUUCUAGUCAUAGUUACACUGUGUGUGCACUUUCCUGUCUAAAUGCUCAAUUCUAACGUUUCCUGUAGCUAUAUUUUUGUUAGCAAAUUCUCUUUCAUUAGCCUAGUUUGCACAUAACACUGAACUAAAUCUAGAUGCUCACUUGAUUAUUAUAUCACAGAACAGUUAAAAGCACAAGCAAGAGCAGUCAAGCCUAGAUAACAGUUUCAAUUUUUUGCCACUUGUCACUUGCAGCUCUGUAGCUUUUGGAGGAGGUCCGGGCUCACAUGUAGCACUUACCUUGUGGUUAAUACUAAGAUAUAUAAACCAGCUACAAAUUUUGGUUAAUGAACCAUAGUUAAACUGUUGAACUGGGUUCACACAUAACAGUCAGCUGCAGUUUAAUGAACCAUAAAUUGAUAAACCAUAGCUUAGUGUUAUGUACAAACCAGGCUGUCAAGUCCACAUACACACACUGCAUGUGUGCAUACACAUACAUGUGCACAUGUUUUCUCUGAAAUUUAACUAUUCCUGUUUUUCUGCAAUUGACCCACAAUCUGCGGCCAGUGUUAAAAAAUUGAGAUAUGAAAGCUAGGAGCUAAAAGGAACCUUAAACCUAGGUUAUGGGCACAACAAUGAAAUGUCUAGGCAUGCUUUUUUAUAGGAAGAAUACAAAACUGAAAAUGAACUGCAGCUAAAAUAUUAUGUUCAUUUUUCACAUGGUCUAGUCCUUCCCCUGCCCAACCCCCUAAUAUUCUUAAGAUGGUCUCUUCUCCAGUUUUCAGAGAGUAGCUGGAAGUAGGGAGACAGAAAAAGGUCCUCUUUUCCUUCCACUCUGCAGUUUUAAUCUGAAAUCUUAGUCACAGAAGUGCGCCCAGAGCUCUGAAACUGCUUGUGCUAAUGAAUUUCCCUGCCGCAAAAUGUGACUAGAAAAAUGGGAGUUUCGAACACUGUGGCUGAUGCUGAGAAAUUGUUUGCAAGCUAAUCAGUACUUCUUUCCAGCAAUGGAAUGAUGAAGCAUACUGUAUUUGAAAAGAACAAUGUAAACUAUGCUAAAUCACAUUAUUUAAAGCUGGCCUUUAAUGUUGGUUUAUUUAUGGUGUUUGGAACUACUCCGGUGGUAACUAGAUGGACUUAACACCAAAUUGAUUCCAAUCUCCAUUCUCUACAGGGACAGGGACAAUUUAGUGUUAAACCCAGCUGUCAGCCUACGAUAAACUGCUACUGUAAACACUCUAAAACAGGAAUUAUAGACUAUAUUAUAACAGUGUGGUUUCACAGUUAUGUGGUUAUGUAAUUGUGCAGUUUGGAAUAGAAUUUUCAGUAAACCUUUGUGUUUUGGGAAUUGUAUUAUAUUCUUACAAUGACAAAAAUUCACAAUAGUGAAGCAUUUUGAAGUCUGUGGAUGAAAGGAAGUGGCAAGUAGCAUUAUAGUGAAACAGGAUAGGAAAGAGUGCAAUUUAUAUACAACUGGAAUCAGCAGGGAAACAUGCUAGUUUUAAGAUUUAGAAUGCACAUAUUUCUUUUUAUGCACUGUCAAUGUCAUCUUUUUGUUAUGAGAAGAUGAAAAAGAUGCUGUGUACUUUUACAUAUUGUUUGCUAGAUUUGAAUAUCAUUUUUGUAUGUUCAUAAAAUAAUAAAAUCACUUUCUAAAAUCUA